CACACUGAUUAGCACACACAAAUACAUGUAUACACCAUCUUCGAAAAAGAAAACCAACCAAUCAUAUCAGCUUUUUUCAAAUCGCCCACAAUGGAUUUUUUGUGUGGAUUGUUUACCGUUGAAAAAUGAGUAUAUGUGUAUGCAUACAUAUGCGUGCUUCGAAAAGUUAUUGACUAUGAAUUUUACUAUAAAUACGACAUCAUAAUGAAUUAUGUUUUUCAAAAUUAUUUAUUUAAUUAUCAGCAUUUUUGAAAAGCUUAUCAAUUCAUUAAAAAAUGCAACGAAUAUCGGGAAUUCUGUACACAUUUUAAUUUGACAAUAUUGAACGUCGAACGUUUCAAAAAAUCACCCGCCAAUAAUUAACUUUCUGUCUGUUUAAUUUAAACAAACAAUAUCAACACUGUUCAAUGGAUAAAAGUAUAAUUUGGUUAUUUUUUAUUGUAAUAUACUGCUUGUUAGUCGAUUCUAUUCACGGUAUCACUAGCCAUGUUUGCGACUACUACAGAGGACAACCAGUGUGUUGUGUGGGUUGGCGAAACGGAAUUGGUGCUCCGUGUAUAAUCCCUGUUUGUGCUGGUAACUGUGGAGAACAUGGUGAAUGUAUCAAACCGAAUACCUGUAUCUGUUCUGAUCGACGAGUACGUUUCAGUUGUAAAGAAGAAGAUGAAUUAGAUGAAGAUACAAUGCAACUGGAUCAAGCUGAAAAUCAUUGCCUAGAUAACUGCAAUAAACGUGGAACAUGUGAAAGUGGAAAAUGUAUGUGUCAAUCGGGUUACAGUGGUCAAGCAUGUGAAAAUAAGCUGACAGGUGCUUGUUAUACAUCAUUAAAACGUGGAUUGUGUGUAAAACCUAUGCAGUACAGAAUAUCUCAAUAUGAUUAUGAAUCGAUUUUGUUAACUUAUGAAGUCUGUUGUAAUGCUUUAGGCAUUGCAUGGGGUGAGCCAUGUCAAGCAUGUCAAACAACACACUGUGGUAAAGGAUAUGAACAAAUUGAUGGAGUUUGUAAAGAUAUCAAUGAAUGUGAAGUGGAUGGUGUAUGUCAGCGUGGUCAAUGUAUCAAUGAAGAAGGGUCUUACGCAUGUAAUUGUCCUGAAAAUACACACUUUGACAAAAUAUCAUUGGACUGUGUUUAUACACAAAAGCUACCAUGUAAAACAGAUCCUAAUCGAUGCAGCAAUGGAGGGAAAUGUAUUGACUUACCAAAUGGUGAUUACAAAUGUCAAUGUCCAUGGGGAACUAAAAGUUCAUACGAUAAAAAAUCUUGUUUACAGGACAAAGAACUACAAUUCGAUAUAUGUCAAAUAUACAAGUCAUCGGUAUGCAAAAAUGGUCAAUGUAUUCCGCGUGGUACUUCCUAUGAGUGCAUAUGCAAUGAAGGCUUUGAACCAUCUGAAGAUCGUAAAACUUGUCAGUAUAAAAUUGAUAUCUGUUCAAUUCAUCGAGGAUAUUUAUGUACUAAUGGAAACUGUAUCCCAGUUGGUCGUGAUUUCUUCUGUGAAUGUAAUCCUGGUUUUACUUUAUCUUAUGAUCGUCGAAGAUGCAUAACUAAAUGUGAAGAACUAGGACCAAAUAUAUGUUCAAAUGGUUAUUGUAUUGCCUUGUCAAACGGUGACUAUGAGUGCCAAUGUGAUAUCGGUUAUCAGAGUACAUCAGAUCGUAAGAAAUGUCAACCACAAAUAGAAGAAUCAUUUCCUGAUUCACAAUUUACAAAGUCAAAGAGUUACUACAAAAAUCAAUACUAUGAAACCUUUGAAAAACCAAUGGAAUUUAUAAAUCAACCUGAGAAAACUGUUGAAUACUUGGAACCUGAUGAUCAAAGAAGUUAUGGUUGGUGGCAGAGCGAUAAUUCAGUCAAAAAAGCUUUCAACAAACAACAGAAAUCUUAUGCACAGUAUAAACAACAGGAUUCCUCUGAUUUGAAUUAUGUAAAAUCUGUACCAUUCCAUUUAAGUGGUGUAAGUCGUCGGUCAACACCGUGUGGUCAGGAUGAAAUUGUAAAGAAAUGCAAUGGAGGCAUUUGUUUAAAUCUAGGCGGAGAUGGAUAUACUUGUGAAUGUCUCAGUGGAUAUAGAUCAGUCAAUGGAGGACGUGAAUGCGCGAAAUCUAAAGCAGAAGCAGACAGUUUGUGGCAGAACGAUGCAAGUACAUAUGAUGUAGUGAAAAACUUUUCUCGAAUGAACAGGAAAAUAUCUGCAGAUAAGAAUGUUUUCAAGAGAAAGCCUGAUCUAUACACAAAUUCUAUUCAACCACCUUGUAGUCGUAAUGAAGUAUUAAAUAAAUGUAUGUGGGGUACAUGCCUAAAUCUUGGUGGGAAUUUGUACAAGUGUGAUUGUCUAUCAGAGUAUCGAUAUAACCCAACUAAAGGAUGUGUACUUCAUGCUGAUACAAGUUCCUAGUGGAACAUAGGCUUCAGUAGCAAAUUUCCAUUUCACUCUCUUCUCUCCAGUCUUUCGAACCUGCCUCCACGACUCAUCAGAAGCUUUCGAUUCUUCCUCACAUAAUCUCCUCCAUGUCACCCUCACAUCCACACCCAACUCGUCGUUUCCCCUUUGGAUUCCAUUCGAGUACCUGGCGUGGCGCGUGAUGUCCUCGAAUAGUCUUCUCAAUGUAUAUCCAAUCCAAUCCAUCUCGACUUUCUUCUCCUGCAUAUUUGUUGGGCGAUAGGCUGUUGGUUGCCAGCCAGAGUUCCUUGUUGCUUAUUCUUUCUGGCCAUCUGAUCUUCUGUAUCGAGCGUAGGCAGCUGCGGCUGUCACGUGCCUUGUAAAUAUUUACUUUUAUCAUUUAACUACUAAUGAGUAGUUUAAGACUAGCUGCUAAAUAUUAGUCUCACUACUACCGGCUACCAUUGGAAACCUCAUACAAUUUACCUGUAUUGUUUUAAAGUGUCAUCUAUUGCAUCCGAUGAUGCAGAAGAUUCUAUGAACUCGGUCAUUUAUGAAUGAAAUGGUUAGAUUGAAUGCCAAACUAUUUUUAAUGCCAUUGAGAAUUGGUCACAGGUUUUAAAUCUCAAUUACCGUGUUCACAUUUAUAGUGAAACACUAUUUUACAAUGUUUUCAUUGGUCUUUCAGACACUUCACCACUUCAGGAGAAACCAAUGACAUCAACUGUAAGUAAGUAAAAUAAAAGAUGAGACAUAUAUCACGUCCACUUGGAACAAAAGUUAACCCAUUAUUAAUUAACUCAACGUAUACACGUGGAAUAUAUGUUUUAAACAAUCUGUGAAUAUAUAUAUGUGUUCAGUCCUUCAAUUUUGACCAACAAAUGAAAUGGAAAUCAACUUUUUCAGCACAUUGUUGUUUUAAUGGGAAAGAACACCUGAAAAUCUCAUUUUUUUUUGCGUUCACUUCAGUUUUUUUCUCUUGGACUACAGUUUUGUUUUUUGUCUUCACAUUUAAUGCAUUUUGUUGUUUUAAAGUGUGGUAAAUUCAAAUGCUGCGCUACUUUUUCAAGUCAUAUCUUAUUUUAACCUUUAGACUAAUCAAUUAUUUAAUGAGAAGAAAGUAAAUUAUAAAUAUCCACUAAAAUAAUUUAAAAAAUAAAAAUAGUAUUAAAAUUUUCAUUCUCUCUUUGCACUCCAGCUUUUUAUUUUCCAUGCUUCAUGUAAAGUUCAUUUUGAAUUUCCCUCCUUUCAUUCUCUGAUCAGUUAAACAAUAUAGUUUUUUUCUUUAUGAUCAAUAAUUUUAAUUUCUAAUCGAACUGUUUACGUUCAACCACCACGGACAUUUAGUAUUUAUCUCAUUUAACAAGCUUAAUUGUUUAUUUAUUUGACAACGAAAUAUUUACAAGGUCAUUAUCGCCGAACAUGUAUAUCAUUUUGAAACUUUACGCUUCCAUCUUGUUAUAAUUAUCAUUAUUAUUAUCUAUAUGAAGAAAUUAUUGAUUAAAAUAACUUCGCCGUGUAAGCCUGUUACAGAAACAAUAUUCAAACAAACAUACUACUGAGUAAGAUGUAUAAGUAGUUAAACUGCACCAGAGAAAAUAUUACAAAGUUUAGCCAGCAGUG